AUGCUUUAUUUGGCUACCGCCGCUGAUUUCUCAGAUGGCGUUUUACUGAUAGCAUUUAGAAGUACAGUUGUGAUCUCGCGAUGCGAUUCACCAGAAAUAUCGAAGAAAUCUGAUCCUAAUGACACUCAAUCAUAUUUUAUUUGUGAUGCGCAAGGGAAAAUUAUAAAAAAGAAAUGCCCAAGUGGAAUGAGUUUCAACAAUUUUUCCACAGAAUGUGCACCGUCACUGGAAAUACCAUCUAACGAUGAUCCAUUUUUUCUUCCACAUUAUCAAGCUCCAGAUGAUAUCUGCGAUAACGGCAUACCUCUUACUCGGUUGGGUGCUCCUGUCAUUUGCAAUCCACUCAUUAGUAGCUGUCCGGAUGGAUACGCAUGUGCGAGGCAUCGAAGAACUAAUCUGGCAUACUGUUGCAAGAUCACUUCUGAUGAACUGUCGCAAAAGAAAGAACACUUCUGCCCUAACGACCAAGUUACAUACAUUGAGCAAUCUAGUGGUGUUCCGAAAAGUUGCGAUAUGUCACAAAUUCGAUCGUGUCCUAUGGGAUUUGUUUGUACUAUGAUAACCAAUUCGAUCACUCGAUGUUGCGGCAAAAAUUUAGGAUGUCCCUUCAAUUCAGCUGGACUGGUAGAUCUUAGAACAUCAUCAUACGUUUCUUGUUCUUUAACAAAUGAAAGAACUUGCCAACCAGGAUUCCAGUGCGUCAUGAGUUCCAUGUUUGCUAUCCCCCUUUGUUGUUCAACAGUUGAUGAUGAUCGGCUGAAAUCAGUUUGUCUUGUUGGAUCGCCUAAUCCUAGUAAUCCAGUACACUGCAUGGAAAACGACAUUUGUAGAAAAGACUAUCAAUGCACAAGGAGCGGUAAUCAACAAUAUUGUUGUCCAGCACCAGAAAAUAUUUGUCGUUUACCAAAUGAUCCAGGAAUUCAUUGCUCUGGCAUAGCAAAUUCUGCAGUUACUCGAUUUUAUUUUGAUAUGAUAAGCGGAAGUUGCCGAUCAUUCAACUACAAACAAUGUGGUGGCAAUGAUAAUAAUUUUAAAACCCUCAACCAAUGUCAAGAAUUUUGCCAAUCACAACAAUGUCCAGCAGGGAUCGCUCAACAGUUAGGGAAUAUAAACACGGCUUGUUCGUUGGAGCGGCCGAUUGCCUGUCAAGAAGGCUAUGCUUGCCGAAAACCUUUAUUCGGCCCUGGCUCUAUAUGCUGUCCUAAGCAAGAAAAGGUGUGCAAUGAAGUGGUGACAGCAGGUACAGAUUGUUUCACUAAAUCCAUAUCAGUAAAACGCUUUUAUUAUAAUUCGGCUUUCGAUCGAUGCGAAUCUUUUGAAUAUUUUGGAUGUUCUGGAAAUAAUAAUAAUUUUUUAACUAGAGAGCAAUGCGAAAAUUCCUGCAAUCGAGGCGAGCAGAAUGCUUGCAAUGGUGCAACGCCACUUAUGGACCCAAGCAAUCGAUUACAGAUAUGCUCAGAGAAAUUUCCUUGCCCCAGUGGUUAUGCCUGUAAUAAUUUACAACACUGCUGUCCUACUCCAGGAUGUGCUGGCACCGCAAAUCGAUUUACCGAUCAAAAUAGCUGUGAAGCAAUGUGCUUGGAAAGGGCAAAUCUUGGUCAGUGUCCACUAGGAAUGUCACCUUUGAUGUUACCGGGUCGAAACACACCAAAAACCUGUACAAUUGGUGCUGCAAUCUGCCCAGAAAAGUUCUCAUGCGUACAUUCAACUAGAAAUGUGAAAAUAUGUUGUCAAACUAAGGCGGAAUGCCCCUAUCAGCGAAAGCCUUAUCUAAUAUCUGGAUCUGAUUCUAUGGUCAGUUGCAGGGUGGAUGAAAAUAACUGCCCGAAUAAUAGCGAAUGCCUUGAAAGUUCGAUUCGAGGUUUUUUCAUAUGUUGUUUACGCGAUUCAAAUGAUAUUUAUCACCAGCAACAAAUAAGGACAAUGUCUGAAUGCCCCGACAAUAUUAAAUCUAAUGGAAAAAUUUGUACACCAAAUACAAUAGGUGGUUGUUCUGUUGGUUAUACUUGUAUAAAACAGUCGGGUCUGUCGACGGGCUUUUGUUGUGCUAUCCAACCGAAGUGUUUGAGAGGAAAGACUGAAUAUAUAGUUGCAGAACAGGUUAUCGUACUUUCCAUAUGGUAUUGUUUAAAAUGUCGUCAGUUGCAGGCGAAAAUUUGCGGACGAGAAUACGAUGAAUGUCCCAAAAGUACUGCCUGUUUUAUAUCAUCGGUACCAUCAAUUAGUGUUUGCUGCCAUCUCGCUUCUUCCCUUUCUCCACCUCGUUUCUUUUCAACUUCACCGUCAUCAGUCUGUUUCAAUGGAAGAACUCCAUUUUAUGAAAUAGGUUCUCAGUGGCCAAAGCAGUGCUUAUUGAUGCAGCGAAACCAAUGCCCAUCUCAGUUUACUUGCCAACCUUCAAAAACUGGUGGCUUAUUUUAUUGCUGUCCAGUGUCGCCAAAUGAAUGCUUAAGCGGUCGACAUGCUUAUGUUUCUACUCAGAAUGGUCUGGCUCAAGAUUUUAUCAUUAUAAAAAAUCCAGAUGCAAUUUUUAGUUGUCAGCCAUCAGCUGAUAGAACAAAAUCACUUUGUUGUAUGGAUCAAGUAGCAUUAGCGAAAUGUCCAGCUGGCUCAUCAGCUUAUAUAUAUGGAAACAGACCGCUAGCUUGCCCCGUCGGAUCGAUAAGAUGUCCAAACGGCUAUUCAUGUACUCGAUCAGACAUGCAAAAUGUCUAUCUUUGUUGUUCCACUUCCUUAUCACAAAUACCUCCAACGUGCUUACAAGGAAUGCCAUACAUUGAUCCAGUAAGAAAUAUGCCACAAAUAUGUUCACAAAUGAAUCCAUUAGCUUGUCCGCCAGGAUAUUAUUGCUCGCAAAGUACUGUCAAUGGUCAAUAUGUGUGCUGCAUUAAUCGCCAGUUAAAUCCAACAUACAUGGGAUUUUGCCCAAUAGGUAUGGUACCAUACAUAACCCGACAGUCACCGCAGCCAAAUGCAUGCCAUAUGACUUUACUACCUUGCCCAAAUAUGGCCCAGUUCACAUGUAUUUAUAGCGCUGAAAAACAGGACUCAUUUUGCUGUGCCCCUAUAGAAACUUUCAUGCAGUUCUUUUCACCAGCUUUACGACCUCAAGCACAACAAAUAGCAACAGAUAUAUCUGGAUGUCCAUUUGGAAGUCAACCAUUGAUCAACUUGGCUGGUCAACUGCAGCAGUGCAACCCGAGUCAGUGUCCGGCAUCUUUCACUUGUCACUUCGCAAUUCCAUUUAAUCGUUGGCAAUGCUGUUCGAUAGCAACGAAUAUACUACAUCGAAAAUCACCGAAAUUUCUAUCUGAAUGUGAAUCUGGACAUGCACUUAUAAAUGGCCGUUGCAUGCAAUUGUUUUAUAUCGGCCAAAAAGGUUGCCAAAUAAACGAACAGUGCUCGACAAAGUUGUUAGAAUCUCGAUGUGAAAAUAAUUACUGCAAAUGCCCUCGAAAUAAAUUAAUACAUCAAUCGAAAUGUGUUACCAAUUGUCCUGAUGGCUUCAUUGACAUCGCAGCCAGAUGUCAUGAUUUAACUACGAUAGUUUUUAUGGAUUCUGUAGAUAACCGUGAAAACGGAACAAUUGGUGGGUUUUGCAAAAGUACUGUCGUUGAAGAUGAACAAUGUGAUGUUGCGGAUUCGUUUUGCAAUGAAAAAUCCAUCACUUGUCAAUGUAAGCCGGGAUUCGAGUUGAAAAUGGAUUUUGAUAACAAAAAUGACAGAGGAAAAUGUAUUAAAUUAGAAGAUAGCAUAUUCGCAGACGGCUAUGAAAACAGUAAACAGAUUACGAAAACAGAAUUUUUGAAUAAUUCGACGAACAUUGACGGUGAUUUCGAAUAUAUUAUGUCAUUAUUAUUUCAGUCCGAUUAA